AUGGACGUUCGGAAUCUUCCAGAACGCCUUGCGGAGUAUUUUGUUAUAUGUGGCUUGCCCAAGAAUCCCCGUACAUAUGACGUUUCGAAGAUCCUCACUCAUGCUGAGGAGAUAAUUGCUCCCGAUACUGCAAUUGACUUCACACGAUUUCCCGAACCCAUUGUUGAUAUUAAGAUUGUGAGUCUGAAAGAGAAAGAAGAAAUACCGCCAGGUUAUACUUGCAUUAAAUACAGUGUUUCCGGAAAACAUAAAGCCAAUGUCCUUCUGAAUUUCGGGGAAGAAGCCUGUAUAUGUUAUCGUCGAGGACGAGACCAACCGUUCAUAAAGGAUAUCGACACAUUGGGAGAAAAACAAUGCCCCAAGACAAAUGCGGUGGUUUUGUCAAGGACUAUUGGAGGUCGUGCUGCGGACUUGCCCAGUUCUUUGACGAACCGUCUAUUUUUAUCAUAUCUACGAGGUACUGCAGAAAGCAGCAUUGAUUGCCUAGCAGUAACUGAUCUAUGUAUUGUCAUUCCGGAAAAACAAGAAACAUGUCCUCCGGCCUACCGACAAGUCACGGAACCUAUAUGCAUAAGUUCUUUCAGAUUGAAAGCCUAUAUUUGUUAUCGUAAAUCACUUGUAAAAGAAUGUAUCAUUUCCUAUGAACCUGAAGUAUUAUAUUGGUAUAGAGUUCCAAGCGCUGAUUGCAAUUUUUCAAAUGUCAAUGUACAUGAUGAAACAUCUAAAUAUCCCUUGGUUGUUUCUUCUGGUAAACAACAGUCAACUGAUCCUCCGGAAAUGUGUGAUCAACUCAACAAAUUGGUGGAUGAUAAAACCUGUGCAGAUGUUCCAUCAGAGUCUCAAGUUGCUCCAUUAGAUCCGGAUAUAUUUCAAGUAGCGAAUUUUUGUCUCCCAUGGGGUGCAUCCAUUGAAUCAUGGUCUGUGAAUCAAAAUCCACCUGAAGUGAAUUCAUUUACAUUUAUGCUUACUAAUGAAGCUUAUCAACAGCUUUAUGGUGUUGCACUUACAUUCUAUGAACCGUAUAUUGAAGAAUUAGAUCUGCAUAAAUGUUAUUGUUUAGGAAUUGAUCCUGAAUUAGUGAAUGCUAAAUCUAGCACCGAUUCAACAAAUACUGAAUAUGAUGAUGCUGCUGAAGAGGCAAUCGCUAAACGACAACGUCAUUUUCUAGUAUCUCGUGUUGGUGAUCGUGUGAUUGGUGUGACAAAAACGCUUUGUAUACUUUCUCGUUGGUCAUUUACUUUACCAUUUUCAAAUUUUUUGGGAUUUUUAUAUAGUCGAUGCUUGUUGCCAAAUAAAUUGGAUGAUAUUCCAUUUGAGAGGUAUUUAGGUUACUUUUUGUUUGAAAUUCCUUUUCCUGAUCGAUUAAUACCAAAUGUAUCUGUCGAUCUAUGUGCUGCUCCUAUUCUACUUCAACGUCCAGACGACACAAAUGCAUCCUCUUCAAGGAAAAAUUUAUUGUGUUUCUAA